AUGGAUUCAGUUUCAGAUGGCAGCAAUCGCGAGAUUGAUCCUCGUCUGUACGAGGCCGGAUUUAAGGGUAAUAUUGAACCCUUCAAGAAAACCAAUCAACAUCUUAAUCGUUUAGUAACACUAAUCAAAGAUACAAUCAUUGAUAUCUAUAUCACAUCUCUAAGUCCAACCCCAAAAUCAAAGGAGUUUGUGAAAGAAAUCCUUGAGAUAUGUCCAUCACUACUACUACAACGUAAUGCACAUGGAGAUAUGCCACUACAUCUUGCUGCAAGAUGUGGACAUAUUGCUAUAGUGGAAGUUCUUAUUGAGCUUGCAGAAUCUCAAGGUGUAGAGCUAGAAAGUGGGGUAGGUGCCAAGCAGCAGAUGCUGACGAUGAAGAAUAAUGAGGGAGACACAGCUUUGCACGAGGCCGUGCAGAAUAACUACAUCGGUGUGGCAGAAAUGUUAACCAAAGGAGACCCUGAAUUUUCAUAUUCUACAAAUAAUUUCGACAAAACUCCACUUUACAUCACUGCGGAGGGACGAUCUCCCGAUGUAGUGACUAAAAUACUAGAGACUUGUAAAUCAGCCUCUCAUGAAGGCACCGAUGGGAAGACGGCUUUGCAUGCAGCAGUCCUGAGCGGAAAUCUAGAUAUAGUAAAAGCAAUACUUGAGAAAAAGAGAAGCUUGACAAAAGAAACAAACCAAAAUGGGUGGAUUCCACUUCAUUACGCUGCAUAUUACGGUCAUGAUUCAAUUGUCAAAGAGCUUUUAAAAAUUGAUAGAUCUUCUGCGUACAAAGAAGAGCAAAAAAGAAACAUGACAGCUCUUCAUAUGGCAUCUAGCCAAGGGCGUAAAUGCGCAAUGAAAGAGCUUAUUGCUCGGUGUCCAGGUAUGACGAGUGACGACGGCAUAGAAGGAGUCAGGGCCGGCUUAAGGGGUAGUCAGGUUCCUAGAGACGCCCUGCUUGAAGGAGUACUUACGGGUCAUAGUCUGUUUCUCAACAAGAAAAAUGAUAGUGUCAAAGACAUAUUAACUUAUGGGUCUGCAGAGCUCAAGCAAGAAAUCCAAGAAUUGUCGGAAGUUGUUGAUGUUGGACCAUUUCGACGAGAUGUUAUUCGUGGACUUAGCGGAUGGAAAUUCGAAGAAAAUGUCAGUAAAUGGGAGAAAAGAAAAGAUUCACUGAUGGUAGUAUCUGUACUCAUAGCAACAGUAACUUUCGCUGCAGCUUUCACAAUGCCAGGCGGUUACCAAAAUGAACAAGGUCCCCAACAGGGUACCAGUGUCCUAAUUCGAAAUGCAGCUUUUCAAGCAUUUGUUCUACAAGAUGAUGUUGGAUUAUGCUGCACAUAUGAAAUGAAAAAGAAAGAAACAGGAUGGAGCUGGCAGAUGGCGCCAGCUGAAAAUGCCAUAGCAACAGCAGCAAAAGCUCCAAGUAUUGGCACCCAAUGA